AUGGAUCCGUCUCAAAAGGAUAAACUUAUCUCGUUCAAGAAUAAAUUGCACCAGAUGCAUUUAGAAGCUGAAGAAAAGAAGAAGAUGCAAGCAGAGAAGGAACAUAUUCAAGCUGAGGACAGGGCCAGACGUGCUGAGUCCAGGGCUCCUCCUCUCUCUCAACUACUUCCGGGUGGCACGUUGGUGGACGAGGUUAACAACGCUGACAAUGACGGCGAUCCAAUCGACCCAACUGGCACGACGGGAGGUUCUGGAAUCGCCAAUGGUGAAGAAGGUGAUGAUGAGUCAUCUGAAGGGGAAGAAAAUGGAAAUUUCAAGUUAGCUCUGAAGAAGAAGAUUCAAUUGAGACAAGACAAUUCCCUUGUCCCCUCUCUUGGAAAGAACAUACGGAUUAAGGUUCCUUCAUCGAGAGACAAAGAACCCCAACAGGGUGUUUCAAUCAUGGACGAACUCAACCAUGCGGUCGAAUUCGGGACACUAGAGGAAGCUAAGGCCGCUCUAGAGAAGGUCAAUGCGUGCGUGCAACGUGCGACUCACUGGGAUCCCCCGAGAGCACAUACCGCAAUCGCCGUGGGAGCCCAAGCCAUGCCUCCACCUAUUACGGCUAGUCCUGUUACGACUAGACCUUCGGCCAUAGUGGCGCGAGCACCUGCUCAAGCACCGGCGGGUGAAUCCUCGGUAUCUGGUUCGAAGCGGAAGUCCUCGAAGAACAGCGAGGACCCCUCCUCGUCGUCGGGUUCUUCCGGCGAUGAGAAGCCUGAGAAAAAGCCGAAGAAGAAGUCUAAAUCUAAGAAGAAGAAGAUGUCGAAGAAACCUUCGGAUCCAGAUGACGGUGACUCUACACCGUCUGAAUCUUCUUCCUCUGACGACUCCUCGGCGAUCAAAACUCAAGGUGCUGAAGGCUCCGGAACCAAUGGUGGCUUUGUGAAGAGGAACAGUUACUACAAGAAAAACGGUGGUACUGGUGCGCAGAAGUCGCAAGGUGCAGACACCGCAGACAAAAAUGACCCUCAUUUACUGACCAUCGGAAACUCCUUUGUGUCUGAUUCCUUGAUUGGUGCUGUUCGCGCUAAUUCUUGA